AUGGACGCGACGGCGGCGCUGCCGCCGACAUCGACUCAGGAGGAGCACAAGCAGGAGGAAGGAGGCGGUGGAGACGGCAGCUACGGCGUGCUCCUGUACUACAAGUACGCCGAGGUCCCCGACGCCCCCGCGCUCGCGGCCUUCUACGAGUCCCGCUGCCGCGCUCUCGCGCUCGUCGGCCGCGUCCGCGUCGGCCCCGACGGCGUCAAUGCCACGCUCGGGGGAAGAAUGGCGGCGCUGGAGAAGCACAUCGAGGAGAUGAGCUCGAACAGCCUGUUCGACGGGACCGACUUCAAGCUGGCCUCCUGCGAGGACCCUGUGGACAAGAGGGUCGCCAGGGAGUGCGGCUUCACGUACCUCUCCGUUCGGCUCGUCAAGGAGCUGGUUACGCUUUGUUCCAACCCAUCAUUGACAACCCCCGAUAUCUCAUUCGCCGGGAGGCAUUUGUCAGCGGCUGAGUUCCACUCGGUGCUUCAAAGUGUGGCAGGAACUGGUUCGGAUACCGAGGCGCCUGCGGGGCAGAAUGAUGUGGUUGUUUUGGACGCAAGGAAUCUGUAUGAGACGCGGAUCGGCAAGUUUCAUGUACCAAAUGUGGAGACGCUGCAUCCUGAGAUCAGACAAUACAGCGACUUGCCAUUGUGGAUAGAUGAGCAUACUGAGAGGCUACGUGGUAAAUCAAUUAUGAUGUACUGCACAGGAGGUAUACGGUGUGAGAUGGCCUCAGCUUAUAUCCGCUCCAAAGGUGAAGGCUUUGAGAAUGUUUUUCAAUUAUACGGUGGCAUUCAGAGAUAUUUGGAGCAAUAUCCAGAUGGUGGCUAUUUUGAUGGAAAGAAUUUUGUAUUUGACCAUAGAAUCUCUGUGGGAAGCAAUAAAGAUAACAUACUUGGAACUUGUUUGGUAUGUGGAUCUACCUAUGAUGACUAUUCCUCUCGGUGUCGUUGCAGCAAGUGCAGAAUGUUGGUCUUAGUGUGCUUCACAUGUCAGGAUUCUACUAAGGAGUAUGUAUGUGAACUAUGUCUAAAGAAUGGAAGACAGUGCUGUGAAAUAUCUGUAAAGCAAGACUGCCAAGCAGAGCCAGAGCUAUCUGAACCUUCUGACAUUGGAAAGCUAUCCAUAAGCAACAAAAUUUCAACCUCUAAAGCUCCCGGGAGUAAUGGUAGUGAGCAGCUGAAAAAGUUGAGGAUUCUCUGCUUGCACGGUUUUCGUCAGAACUCUUCAAACUUUAAGGGAAGAACAUCAUCACUUGCGAAGAAGCUGAAGCACAUCGCGGAGCUUGUCUUUAUAGACGCUCCUCAUGAGCUUUCAUUUGUAUACCAACCACAUCCAGAUGUCUGCUCCGACAAACCCUCACCUCCAUCUGGCACAGCGAAAACAAAAUUCGCAUGGCUAGUUUCUCCGAACAUGAGCUGCCACACCAUGCAAGAUUGGAAGAUUGCAGAUGCACCGUUUGACCCCCUUCAGUAUCAGGAACAAACAGAUGGAUUCAAACAAUCAUAUGCAUACCUUGAAAGUAUAAUUGCUCAGGACGGCAACUUUGAUGGCAUUCUCGGUUUCUCCCAGGGUGCAGCAAUGGCUGCCUUACUGUGCAGGCAGCAGCAGAAGACUUGCGGAUCUCCAAAGUUCAGGUUUGGGAUAUUCUGCUCUGGAUAUCCAGCACCUGUUGGCGAUUUUGACAGAGAGCCAAUCAGGCUCCCCUCGCUCCAUUUCUUCGGCGGCGGUGAAGGUCAUGACAGGCAGAUCGCAAGCAGGGCAAGCACUAAACUUGCUGGCAUGUUUGAGGAGGGCCGGUGCACCAUCUUUGAGCAUGACAUGGGGCAUAUCAUCCCUACCCGGCCACCCUACAUCGAUCGGAUGAAAGAGUUCCUAUGCAAUUUCAUAUGA